CUUUGGUGGUGUUAUCAGUGUUAGGAAUCGCAGUGAUAUCGGGACAAAACCUGAAAACUGUAACUGCAGAGACAGCUGAGAGUUACAAGUGUUAUUACGAUGGUCAGAUGUAUAACGCUGGCGAUCUUUUACCGACGCGUCACAUGUGUCUUAACUGCACAUGCUCUGAAGACUUUUUAGAGCCAAGUAAUGUUUACUGCGACGUUAUCAACUGUGUGGAAGCUCCUGAGCUAAAUUUGGGAUGCAUUCCAAUGUAUGAUGAGUCUGAAUGCUGCCCUGUAUCUUGGAACUGCAGUGAGUCAACGUGCCAGUGUGACAGAAGAUACUUGGAGCAUUACGGUGCAAAGGGAUGUGAACCAGUCUACAGCGAAGGGUGCGACUGCCCCAUUAGAUACAACUGCGAACCCAGCAACGCCGUAGCAAAAGAUGAUCAAGUGUGCCACUUCAACUCCCGCACCUAUCAGAAAGGAGAAGACAUUCCAACUUCCAAUCCAUGCGAUAUCUGCACUUGCCGAGAAGCAGCCAACCCCCCUGCUGCGGAGAUCAGCUGCAUUACGAUAGAAUGUCCACGCCUGUUUGGACCACGAUUAAACUCGAGCUGCUACCACGUGUAUGAGAAAGAUAAAUGUUGUCCGGAGACAAAAUGCUCGGCAGAUGAAGUGAUUCCAAGAACCGAAAAGGUGUGCGAACAUGCAGGUAAAACGUACAAACUCGGCGAGCGGAUCUUUCCCGAAGACCAGCCUUGCCAGAUUUGUACUUGCACGGAGAACUGGAAUGGGGUCGACGAGAGCAGCUGCAAGAAAUUCGACUGCAUGUUGGAAAAGAAGAGGAAGAAUUUACUGGAUGGAUGUGUACCUAUAUAUCACGAAACCACCUGCUGUCCCAUUGAAAUGUACUGUGGCUCACCAGAAGAGGGUUUUAGAAAUACAACUGUUCCCCAGGCAGACCAAAGCGAUAAAGAUUCGGGCAUGGCCUGCAUCUUCAAAGGAAUGCACUACAAGCUUGGGCAAAUCUUGGAAAUCAACCACCCAACCAACUGUGUGACCUGCACUUGCAGCACUCCGCCGGAUUUCACCUGCGUCCACAAGUCGUGUCCCAGACCUCCAAACAACGACUAUGAGAACUGCAAAGCCUCCUUCCCACCCGGAGAAUGCUGUCCCACCUAUCAGUGUCCACGGUCAGCCAAAGCAUUUUGGAAUUCAGCUCCCCGCAGGCUGAGUGGGGUUGAGUGUUCUCCUGUCCACUGUCCAGCUGGUUGCUCAGAAGUGACCAUUUCCAAUUCCUGCCCCUUCUGUAAAUGCGACGAUUUUCUGUGCUCACCACCGAAAUGUCCAGCCGGUUGCAAGAUCCGGGAAGAUGUCCCAGUCGGACAGUGCCCUGGCUGCGACUGUGAUGUAUGGGAACCACAAACUGAUGAUGGAGUGAUUUGCGAGGCCGUUUCUUGUCUUCCACAUUGUCAUGAAGUUGUGAACCCAGAUGGGUGUUUGAUGUGUGUGUGCGGUCCCCUGUGCACUCCUCCACGAUGCGAUCCCGGCUGCAAACUCGAAAGGCAGGUUCCUGAUGACGAAUGCCCUCGAUGCGUUUGUAGAGAUGUACAAGUCAAAUGCUCCCCCGUACGGUGUCCUCCGACUUGCAGACAAGGAAUCGGAGCUACAGGUUGUCCUUCCUGCAUUUGUGAACCGAUGUGUUCCCCGCCAAAAUGUGAUUUCGGAUGCUAUGUCGACCCCGAUCCAAAGGGACUCUGUCCUGACUGCAUCUGCCCCAGCAAAGACAACCCUCAAAGCAUUCAGUGCGCCCCCGUCGAAUGCGGACCGUUGUGUCACGUGGCUUACUUCGGAAGUGGUUGCCCAACUUGCAUUUGUGACCCAUUGUGCUCGACCCCACACUGCGAUCCUGGAUGUCGCCUGAAAUACGACCCACAAGCUGGUCCAUGUCCUCAAUGCGAAUGCCCACCCAAAGAUGUCGGCCCCGUUAAAUGCUUGCCCGUGCAAUGUCCAUCUGGCUGUCGAAUUGAUUUCACCACAAGACAAUGUCCAAGCUGCUCAUGUGACAACCCGAUGGGAGGGAUCCAGUGCUCCAUACCCGUUUGCGCUCCCUGCGCGGUCAACUUCGGCUCGAAACCUUGUCCGAGUUGCGAUUGCUCUGGAAUCGGAACUGGUUUUGAUCCUUUAAUACACGGAGUUCAAUGCACUCCACCGCAAUGUGACGAACCAGAAUGCAAAAUUGAUUAUACCGGAAUUCCUUGUCCAGACUGUGUAUGUGACGGUAACAAAGCUCCCCCUACCAUAGGGUGCUCCAUACCGACAUGUGCCCCAGGUUGCUCUCUAGAUUCCUCAACUCUACCUUGUCCCAGUUGCAAGUGUGACUCUGAAGGUACUCCGAAUGUUCCGUGUUCACCCCCAAAAUGUGAUCCGGGCUGCCAAGUUGACUACUCUACACAGCCUUGUCCCAGUUGCAAGUGUGACUCUGAAGGUACUAGCAUCAAAUGUUGCGUGAAAUCUAACUCGGGUUUUCCAUGAAAACUGAAUAUUUUAAACUUCACUCACAUUUCUUGUAGGUAAGGCCCCUAUAGUGGAGGAGCCGACGCAUCCGCCAUUUUGGAGCAAACUUGAUCCAGUGCUUCGUAUAGCGAUAGCAUUGCUGCUGAUGUUUACAUUUCUUUAGCAUGUGUUAAAUUAAGUCGAAUAGGUGGU